UCCCGUUUAAGAAAAAUUCGCCAACUAAAGCUUUUGAACUCAGAUACGAUUUUGAGCUCAGAAUUCAGAAAAUCCUGGGCCAUUGCAUUCCAAUGGAAACUGCUUUCCGUCCAAUUUCAUACACUAUCCUCUUUUGCGGCACAAAAAACAGUAAUAAAUUGCACUAUCAAGUGCCCGCUAAAUAUCUCAGUACUAGUUCUCUACCUUCACUCUCUCUCACUUUUCCCAGUAAGUAUGCCAUCGAUUUUGGGAGGAAAACCAAAAGGAGGUUGCGGUUUAAUGGGUUCAUUAGUGCCUCUUCCAGCAGCUUUGAACGAGACCCAUCUCAGCAACUCGCCGUUCUUCUUGAAGUUGAAGGGGUUCUAAUGGAUGUCUAUCGCUUGGGCAAUCGCCAAGCCUUCAAUGUAGCUUUUCGAAAGCUGGGAUUAGACUGUGCAAAUUGGACUGAACCGGUCUAUCUAGACCUUGGAAGGUAUGAUGUUUUAUCAAUUAUCCAUGCAUGUAGUUGACUUUAGAUAUUUGUGUUUUUGAGGCUUUAUUGCUCAUUAUUCAAAAUUCAGUUUGAUGUAAUUUUUCUCUUUUCAUUAGAAUGGAUAAAACAAGAACACGUGUAGUUAGUGUAAACUGAGAUAAAUUAAAGGAAUGCACUAGUUGGGGCAUAUUGUGUGUAUACCUAAAGAGCGCUCAUCAAGAAGAGUUGACGAAUAUCGAUUAUUGUGGUUACACUGUAUCUGUUUUUGCUGGAUCUUUCAAUUGAUAUAAGAUUGGAUUAAACAGAGUGGCGAAAAAUAAUUUAUGCAGCUGCCUUUUUUUUGGGGCAGUUGCAUUCUUGUCCUUCUCAAUCAAAGUGACGCCUAAAAUAUUGACUUUCUCUGCCCUUGUAAAGUCAUGGCUCCAGAAUUCACUUCAUUUGAAAGAACCACGGAAAAAUGUAAAAGAUAUCCGCUGAAUGAUUGAAGUAGUAAUGCUUUUAUUCCAAUAAUUAAAUUUGGAAACCUUUUCAGUUGUUUCUUCUUGUUUUGGUUUGAGUGUAAAGGAUCAGGAAUAAAUUUAUUUUACCCAUCUCUUUUACUGAAAGAGGAUGGAAGAAAAACGAGAAAAGAAAGAACUAGUAUAUAAAUGAAGAAACAAGUAGAAUUUGACAGCAUAAAAGAAAUCCAGGCUAGAAAUCAAUGAGAUAAUAAGUCAUUAUAUCGUGUACAACUUUAUAUUCUUCUCCAAAAUCUAAUUACAUUCAUGUUUGGUGCUUUUCCUCUUCCUUUACCUGGCUACAAGUUGUGGGUAAAUAAAUGUAAUAAUUGCUGCAUUUUAUAUUUUGCCUUUAAACUCUCUCCACCAUUUUUAGGGCCUGUUUGAGCCCCAUUUUGGUGUAAAAUGCAUUUUGAUGCAGGAUGAGGAAUGAUUCUUGAAGAAUAAUUAGAACUAGCAAAAUAGCACAACUAGUAAGUAGAAUUCCAGCGAGAAAAAGAAGAAGGCAGCAAGAAGGGGGAAAGGGCCGGAGAGAAAGGGGGGAGAAAACCAGAGAAGAAGUAGAAAUUAGGGGAAAUGGGAGAAGGAGGAAACCAUAGGCAACAACCCAAGUAUUCUAUUCUUUAAUUCAUCAACUGUCUCAAAUACGCAACAAAACAGAAAUAAAUAACAAAACAAAAACUCUAAAGAGAAGGGUUUGGGCCAAACCCGCUUAACAAGCCCAAUAACAGAAAUAUAACUAAUAGUCCAAAUAGAAAAUAAAUAGUAAAUAGAUGUCCGCAUCAACUCUCUCGGGGUGGGAGAAAAACUCGACCCCGUCGAGUGGAUAAAUCAAAAUGUUGCAAUGAAUCUGAUGCUAAAGGCUCCAAGUCAUGUCAUGGGGGACGAUCUUUCUGACGAACCAAAUAUCAAAAUUCCACAAAUGAUGACAAUGCCAAUUGCAAAUUACUAGCAAAAACAUGAGCUGACCAAGAUAACUUAGGCGAAUGAGAAUUUUGCUGACUCUUAUAAAGUUCCAAUAAAUUUGGCUCACGCCGCUGAAAUCUCUUUUUGGGAAUCCAUGUACCGUCAGAAUCAAGUCGAUCCAUCCAACGAACAAGAAAGCACUAAAUCUCUCUAUCAUUGGUCAACACAAGCUGUUCAUCCAAAAUAACAUCAAUUUUAUUUUUGUGUGCUGUGAUAGGUGGGAUUGAAGCAAACAUGGCAAAAGAUUCAGUGUGGGAAUUCUCAUGUGGGAGUAGAAACGGGUCAUCAGAGGGGCUAAAAUAGCCGUUGUAAGCAUUGAAGUCCGUAACAAAUAAAAUAGGGUGGUGGUCAUAAUGUGAUAAAAGGUCAUUGACAUAGGCAUUUUGACCAACAUGCUUUGAAAUUUUAAAAA